CUGCUGUUCUAAAUAGCUGCAGAGAGGAACCGAGUGCUAUAUAACUUUAAGGUGAUGGGUGACAUUUGUGUCCCAUUUAAAUGACAUGUACAAGUGUUCAUGUUUCAGAUAAAUAGCUUAAAUACUAAUAAAAUGUACAUCAUAUGGCCAGAAACUUUGUGCUGCUCCAUGAAGACACGGUGUGAGAAGGUUGGAGUAGAAGAUCUGGAGUGUCCUGCACUGAGCCCUGACUCUGACUCAACCCCACUGAACACCGACUGAACCCCAGACCUCCUCACUCUUACACCAUCAGUGUCUGAUCUCACUAAUGCUCUUGUAGCUGAAUGAACACAAAUCACACAGACACUCCAACAUCUAGUGGAAAGUCGUCACAGAACAGAAUAGAGAGUGGAGCACAUUAUCACUUUUUCAACAAAAAUGUGGGGUGAAUUUGAUUCAUGCACCAAACCUGAAAGUCCUGAACCCUGUCAGCCAUGUAGUGAUGGAACGGAGGAUGAGAACACGAUGGAUCAGUGUCCCAGUGAGCCUUCAACCCCCACUGCCCAUGAUAAAGAUUCCAGCUAUCUCGAUGCCAUGAUAUCAGCCAUAGUUCUCAGUGGGAGUCCAGUAAAGAGCCAGCAGCUGGGAGAACCUGACCUCACUGUAGAGGAGAAAAAGCGGUUGUUGGUGGAACAGUAUAACAGCAAGCCGGUAGUCUUUCUGGAGCGCUAUCACCCUCAUUUAAAACCUGAGCAUUUGGAGGCCUUCUCACAUGUGAGCAGCGACUGUAGAACGCAGUAUUACUGUACUGAAGUUCAGAAACGAGCCUUGAGUUCGGACAAGAAGACGAGGGUGCGCAAUCAUCGCUACGCUGCUCUACGUGCACUUCAGAAAGAGGGUCAGUACUUCAGUGAGGAGCAGAUGCGUUUUCGAGAGCCUCUUCUGUAUGAGCAGUACAUCGGUCAGUACCUGAGUGAUGAGGAGAUCCUGCAGCGCUCUGAAGAAGCUAUGCAGAAAAGCAACCUGGGUCUGUCUGACCUGCUCAUCAACUCCUAUCAGGAGAAGGAGCUGCAGAAACGCCUGCAGGAAGAACAGAGCCGAGAGAACUGUGCAGAGCAGGAGGAAGAGGAGGACGACGACGAGCCUACGCAGGCCCAAUGGGAACCGACAGCUGAAGAAAAAGCUUUGCUGAGGGACGAGUUUCUGAGUCAAAUGCACCAAAGCUUCAUCGAGGGCAAAGAUAAAGACUUUAACUACAGCGAAGUCGACGAGAACCCAGAUUACGAUAACAUGGACAUUUUAAGUCGUGACGCUGAAGAAAAGUACUUUGAUGAAGAUGAUGAGGAAGAGGAGGAAGAAGAAGAAGGGGGGACUGAGGCUGACAAUAUGGUGUAAACUUUUUUGAACCGUUUCUAUUUAUUUUUCUACACAGGUGACUCAGAUGCAGAGUGCCACUUAAUUAACUGGAUAUGUUUUACUUAUCAAAGCAUACAGUAAUGUGAGUAACAAACAAGUUGCAGGCAUUCUGCUGCGUGUGAGACAAACUGCAACAGUAAAUAGAAAGAAAAACCUGUGCAGUUGAAAUGACUCGCACCUCUUGGGUGGAUGUUGUUAGCAAAUAAAAAGGGCUCUAAGAGCUGAAAUCUAAGGAGAUCCACUGCAUGUGAUUAUUGUGAAUCUGCUUUUCUAAAGUGUCUAUAAACUAGCAGUAACUAGCAUUUGUAUGUUUUAAAAAGGUACAUUUGUAACAGAGUUAAAAAAAAUUAAAUUUCAAAGUGUUUUUUUCAUAAUAAAACUACAUGAGUAA